ACCCGUAAACCCUGAGCUUGAGCAGACAAAGCUCAGAAGCAGAACCCUAUACUGAAAUCUCAAAUGCUUUCUGCCUGACUGCCUCAGCCUCAGGACCGCCGGCCGCCAGCUCAAAGGCGGCGAGACGCCAAUUCGCAGCCUCCGACCUCCGUCCGCCAGAGUUCUGCCUCGCCAGCCUCGUCUUGACCUCCCCGUCCGGCAGGAAGGCUCCUAAACAUUGCCCGCAAACUCACUCUCGGCACAAUUCAGAAGUUCGAUUCUACAACUUUCUUUACUGCAAUGGAUGGGAUGAUUGCCUCUGCGAAAAAAGAUGUACUUGUUGAAAUUGUGAAGUUAGCCCAAAAACGUGAAAUGAAAGGUAACCAAGGAGGCUGGAAGGACUUUUUGAAAUUUUAUGACAAGAAGUUUGGAUCUAGCUUGAGUGACCCUGCCAAGAGGUCUGCUGAUGUCUUAGCUGCAUUUUUAAAAACAUUUAGUCAAAAGGAGGAUUUGAAGAUAUUUGAGAAGGUGUUACAAUGUCAUUCCAAUCGUGAUGCUGUGCUUGAAUUCCAAAAAAGUUCAGCAGACACUGAAUCCCCUGAACAGAGGCUAGUUCGCUUAACUCUUGAAAACCCUCAAUAUCCAGUUGAUUAUUCCUUCCCGUCACAUGAGGAGGGCUGGCUAAUUACCAAACGCAGUAAAAAGUCCAAGGUUAUGCAAUCAACUGAAAUGCUUGCAGUUGACUGUGAGAUGGCUCUUUGUGAUGAUGGCACUGAAGCUUUAAUCAGGGUCUGUGCUGUUGAUCGGAAUUUAAAGGUUAAACUUGAUGAAUUUGUAAAGCCCAGUAAAGCAAUUGUAGAUUACAGAACUGAUAUUACAGGAAUUACUGCAACAGAUUUAGAUGGAGUUACUUGUUCCUUGGCUGAUGUACAGAGAUCUUUAAAGAAGUUGUUAUCUCACGGAAAGAUAUUAGUUGGCCACAGCUUAUACAAUGACCUUCGAGCUUUACAGAUAGAUCAUCCAAGAGUCAUUGACACGGCUUAUGUCUUCAAAUACCGGGAUGAGCCUCCUAACAGAAGACCUUCGCUAAGUAACUUAUGUAAAUUUGUGUUAGGUUUUGAACUUCGAAAGAAGGGAUCCCCACAUAAUUGCUUGGAUGAUGCAUGUGCUGCAAUGAAGCUUGCUAUUGAAAAAGUUGAGCAUGAUGUUGAUAAUGUUAUACCUUUCGUCCGUGAAAAGGUCCAAGAGGAGGUACAGAUGGCAAAACUACUCGUCCACAGGGUACCAGUGGUUGUUUCUAGUGAAGAUUUACAUAAAGUGAUUUCUGGAGAGUUCACUGUUGAAGUUAAGACUAAUAAAAAACCUCGAGGAGAUCGGUAUUCUGCAUUUGCAAUUUUUGAAAAUCAGCAAGCGGCAACUGAGGCAUUUGAAAAGCUUGAUGGUAUCCUAGAAAAGGAUACAUCUGGGCGGCCCCAGAAACUCGUAUCAUUUGAACUCGACACUGGAGUAUCUGGGAGUUUAUGUGUUUGCAAGAUGGCCCGUCAUGAUUCUUGUAAAAGUAACAACGCAUCAACUAAACGCCCACUUCAAGAUGAGGAGCCCUUGGGUGAGUCCAAGAAAUCCAGGACAGAUCAUCAAGGCGAAGAGCUAGAGAAGACCAAUACUACUGCCACAAGUGAUCAGUGUGAAACCCACUUGAAGGAGAUUGAACGGCUGAAGCGAGAACUAAGCCAAAGAGAUCAAGAGAUCGCCAACUUGAAGGAGAUUGAAUUGCUGAAGCGAGAACUAAGCCAAAGAGAUCAAGAGAUCGCCAACUUAAAUAAAAUCGUUGUUGCACUUACGAGGAAACAGGGACUUUAGCACACUAGCAUUUCCAUGCACGGUUUUGCAGGGAUUGAAGACUGACUGCAACUUAAGGGCUUUACAACAGUCAGUAUUCUGUACUCCCAUAGCCUUAAAUUAGGACUUAAUUAAAAUUUCUUUUACUGCAUUCCUUGACUAAACUACUCCAUUGUCGGAUUCAUCUCCCCCAGUUUUGGUUGAGCUUUGAAGUGUAAGUUGUGUAUUUUACCCAACAAUACAUUGUAUUAUGGGAUUUUAUUGAACCUCUAGUUUACAGUGACAUGGUAGAAAUUUCUUGUAUUACAUUCACAGACUAGUUUUAUGAGACAUUAAAGAUUUUUAUUUCAAAA